AUGUACAGAAUAGAUGUUUCAGAUUUUUAUGACUUCCAAGCGUUCAGAAAUAUGUGUCCAUUUCGAGACUAUAACAAAGCAGUCGAGAAUUUGAAACGUUUAGUCAUUUAUGUCGACUCUGCCCCAGAAUGUUAUGUUAUGAAAGAAUGGGAUGUAGUCUUUAACAAACCUAAAGCGACAAUAGUUUCAGAACAAGAAUGUAAACAGAAACUUAAGAAAAUAAAAGUCGUACAAGUUGGCAUGAAGAUGUUAGAUGCUUGGGAUAUCUUAUUGUCAAAGUUAGAAGAUUUUUCAGUUCGUGGUAUAAAGUUUUAUACACCUUCUCCAAACUUCUAUUCUAUCUUCACUGGAUAUAAAUACGAACAAGUAGAAUGGAAAGAAAAUGUUAUCGAAGCUUGGUUAGACCAUGUCAAAGAAAUUAUAUGCAAUGGAAACGAAAGAGUCUAUGAGUAUAUCUUAUGUUGGUUUGCAAACAUCUUACAACAUCCAAGUGCUAAGAAUGAAACUGCUCUCAUUAUAAUUGGAAAACAAGGAACAGGUAAGAACAC